CUUCCCCAUGGCCUCAUCAUCUCAAUUCUCAAUGUCACAAUCUUGGCGUAAACCCUAAAACUUGAGAAACAUCUAUUGAUGGCGGAUGAUGCAGCUCUGCGAAGAUCUCUGAUAUGUUUAGCUGCAAUCAUGGCUGUAAUAGGACUGUACACGCAUUCCUUGAAGAAGGUGAUGGUGACGUAUCUGUUCGGAAUGUUAGCGAUCGGAGGCGUCGUUCUUCCUGAUUGGGAGUUUUUCGAUCGUCCUGUUUCUCAAUGGAAUUCUCCAUUGUCUGUUCCUCAGUUGCCUCCUCUUCAUCCCCCUCACUCGCCUCCAACUCCCUCCAGGUUUAGGUUCUACCCUAUAAGAACAAUAAUUUACGCAAUGGUAUAUGGGUAUGCUUUCUAUAAAUGGUGGAUGUACAUAUCAACCUAAGUUAUAUAUAGUUGACUUGAAACUACCUACCGCAUAUAUAUUCCUAUUUUAAAACUUGUCUAAUAAAAUUUAGAUAAUACAUUUAUUAAAUUGAUAUUAUUCUAUGUUUUUAUUGGGUUUGAUCCUUGUCAAAAAGCUUUUGAAUGAAACUGUUAUCUGAAUUUUAUUUUGUGUCACAC